AUGAGUGAUAGUUCAUUGCAUCGAGAACAGGCGAGACAAGGGUUGCUACAAGAUUUUUUUAAAGACAAAGAUAAAGGAAGUUGUGAACCGAAUUUCCAUCUGCCAUGGUUAGAAGAAAUAAAGAAAAAGAUCAAAGAAAACAAUGAAGAAGAAAUAGAACUGCAAAACUUUGAUAUGUUUAAGAAAAAGUAUGGUGCCAGUUUUGGCAACAAGUUCAAUCUGGCAAAGCCUUAUUUGUUAACUGUGGGGUUGCAAUUUGCAAUGGCUGGAACAUUCGUCUUCACUAAGGCUUGUUUGGAUCAUGGAAUGAGUCGUUUUGUGUUAACUGUGUAUCGCAAUGUUAUUGCUGCGCUUGCUCUUGCUCCUUUUGCGAUUAUCUUUGAAAGGAACGUUAGGCCGAAAAUGACACUGUCUAUCUUCAUGCAGAUACUAGCCCUUGGAUUUCUUGAGCCCGUGAUUGACCAAAGCUUCACGAGUUUGGGGAUGCAAUACACUUCGGCUUCAUUUGCAUCUGCUAUUAUGAACGCUGUACCUUCUGUAACCUUUGUCAUAGCAGUAAUUCUCAGGUUAGAGCAUGUAAAGUUGAAGGAGAUACGCAGUAAAGCGAAGGUAAUUGGAACCUUGGUAACCUUUGGUGGGGCUUUGUUGAUGACACUUUACAAAGGCCCCCAAAUCAAUAUUUUUAACCAUUCAAACAGUGGUUACCAGAAAGAUGAAAGUCACUCCCAUGAGGGUCACAAACACUGGGUCACAGGGACCCUAUUUUUAUGCCUUGGUUGUUUGGCUUGGUCCUGCUUCUACAUUUUGCAGUCUAUCACAGUAAAAAGGUACCCUGCAGAAUUGUCACUGUCAUCUAUGAUAUGCUUGGCAGGUGCAUUGCAGAGUGCUGUGGUUGCUGUCAUUGCAGAUCACAACCCUGGUACAUGGGCUAUUCGUUUCGACUACACCCUCUAUGGCCCUCUUUAUUCUGGAAUAAUGAGUUCAGGAAUAGCGUAUUAUGUUCAAGGGCUGGUAAUGAAAAGUAGAGGACCAGUGUUCAUGACAUCCUUUAAUCCUCUGUUAAUGAUAAUCGUUGCUACCUUGGGCUCCUUUUUUCUUGGAGAACACCUCUACUUAGGAAGUGUCGUUGGUGCCACCAUCAUCGUAGUUGGUCUUUACUCAGUGGUGUGGGGUAAAGCCAAAGACUAUUCACUCGAACACCCAUCAGCAACAGCAACAAAGGAGACAGAAGCACAACAGCUCCCAGUUAGCACAUCAACUCAUAAUAAAUAG